AUGGCAAAAGAGAUAUUGCCUGAUAUAAUGGAUGUCCACGUCAACAAGACGCUUGGCGACUUUUCUGGUUGUAGUGAAUUAAAGAACAUUACUGUCUCAGAUAUUGUACUUGAUGAUUGCAACAGCGGUGUGGUGUAUGACAACGAUGAGUUGGAUAUUAUUGCUGAUGUAAUAUCCUCAAACGGCUGUGUUGCAGAAUCCGAAACGAGAACCAAGCAUGAUCUAGCUCCAGUAAGAGAAAUCUCUUCAUUGGAUUUGGAGUCAACAAAGGUUGGACGACAUGAAGAAGUCAGAACAUCAGAUGAAGAGGACUUUACCAUCCCCUGUAUUCGUCUGAGUGAGGCUGCUCGUAGAAUAAGGAAUGACAACGGCAUGUCAUCCGACGAAGAUUUCCAUGGUUACACGUAUGAGACGUCAUCCGACGAAGAGAACCAUGCUUACAGUAAACAUGAAGUGGAAAAAGAAGAAUUCUCUAGUAAAACGGAUGUCCACGUCAACAAGACGCUUCGCGACUUUUCUGGUUGCAGUGAGGUAAAGAAGAUUACAGUCUCAGAUAUUAUACUUGAUGAUUGCAACAGCGGGGUGGUGUAUGACAACGAUGAGUUGGAUAUUAUUGCUGAUGUAAUAUCCUCAAACGGCUGUGGUGCAGGCUCCCAAACGAGAACCAAGCAUGAUCUAACCCCAGUAAGAGAAGUAUCUUCAUUGGAUUUGGAGUCAACGAAGGUUGGACGCCAUGAAGAAGUUAGAGCAUCAGAUGAAAAGGACUUUACCAUCCCCCAUAUUCAUCUGAGUGAGGCUGCUCGUAGAAUAAGGAAUGACAACGGCAUGUCAUCCGACGGAGAUUCGACAGAAUGCCGUGGUUACACAUACGAAACGUCAUCAGAUGAAGAUGAACAUGCACUCAGUAAACAUAAAGUGAAAAAAGAGGAAUUUGAUAGCAAAACUGGUGUUCACGACAACAAGGUAUCUGGCCUCGUUGGGAUGACUAAGGAUUCAAUAUCCGACUAUGUUCCAAGUGCUGGGUACCACAAAGUCACGUAUGGUGAUGAAGAAUCGGAUAGUAUUGCCGAAGUUAUGUCUUCUAACAUCUGUGCCACUAGCAAAGACGUCCAAACAGGAAUCACCAGUAAUGCAGCUCCAGCCUUGGAUUCGAAAUCAACUACGUUGGAAUCACAUGAAAAGAAUAGAGGAUCAGAUGAAGAGGAUUUCACAAUACCUUGUAUCCAUCUGAGUGAGGAUGCUUGUAGAUUACGGAAUGACAACAGCAUUUCAUCAAAUGGAGACUUCCAGGAUUACAGUUAUGAAAGUUCUACAGACGAAGAUAUACAGAAUUCCAAGAUAGACAUUGGCGUAAUGUCCAGAAGAAGGCCAUCAAAAGCGAACAAAUGCCUUUCGAAAACGGACCUUCAAAUAGCUUCGGAUACCCAAAUGUAUAAAGGGCCAGUUGACUCCAACAACCUUUCCGAAAAUUCCCAUGGUUACACGUACGAGACGUCAUCCGACGAUGAUGAAAAUGCACACAGUCAACUAAAAGCGGAAAUGAAACGAACCGAUGUUCAGGAUUACAGUUAUGAGAUUUCUGAAGAUGAAGAUAUACCAAAUGUCCAAAAUAAAAUGGAAAUGGCUUCUAUUGGAGAGUUAUUGAGUGAGGAAUACUCGAGCACAGAUCCAAAAAUGGACCAAGAUUUACGUUUGGAUCCCGAAUUUUAUACAGGGCCAACCCAUUGUAACAGUACAUACAGGAGCAUUAAAGAUGUUCUCUGCCAGCCCACUCUGAUGUCUGAUCACGGAGAAGCGGAAUGUCCAAAAUCUCCAGAAACUAGUAUGAGAACAGCAAUGAUGUCAAACUUUAUGAAUAUUUUAAUGGAAAAAGAAGAGAACCGUCAUGAUUUAUACACUCAUCUCAACGAAAGUAAUAACAGCAGAGGCUGUGAGAGAUCCCCGAGCCAGGAUAGCGUAGAACAGGAUAACUAUCCACCAAGUGGCAGUUCGCACGAUUCUUCUCGUUUACCGAUAAACAUUACAGAAUCCCAUUGUACGAAGGGAGGGGAUGUGAUUGACAAUGCCCAGAUUAUCCCACCGCCUGAACAAGGAUGUCACUGUUGCAGUCUUAGUGGUGUGCAACUCGUACAAAAAGUGUACACAAAAGGUUUUCAGCAGCCAUAUGGAGACAAGAAAAAAGAUUGUAAUACUCCUGCAGACAUAAAGAAAAAAAUCUGUGUUGAAAACAAGCAACGAAAUACAACAAAUAAACAUUUUACAGCCAAGUACCAAUCAAAAAAGGAAGGUAAAAGUAAGUAA